GCGGAUGUUGUUGUUUUAGCUUCGCGCUGGAGGAGAAACAUGCUGUAGCUUCAGACACAUCUGGAUGUUUUAAAGUAAUGGACUGAUUUAAUACUCGUGUUCAAGAUGGCGAGAGACAGGAAGUGCAUCCUGUGCGAAACGGUCCACGUCUCCAAGCAGGAGAUGGAUGAACACAUGAGGAGCAUGCUGCACCACCGAGAGCUGGAGAAGCUCAAAGGAAGGGACUGCGGACACGAGUGCAGAGUGUGUAAGGUGACGGUGGCGAGCCUGACGGAUUACGCCGGACACAUCUCUAGUCCCAAACACAAGCAGAACGUGGAGGCCGCCGAGCUGAAGCAUGCUGGGAACGACCGCGACGAGGUGUACUUCGACCGGGCGUUUGUGGACCUCAUCGAGAAGAGGAAGGAACAGAUCAGGAAAGAAAAAGAGGCCACUUCUGCAAAGCUUGCAAAAGAAGAAGCGGACCGCCGGAGAAAGGAGGAGAUGAGGCAGAAACUAAAAGAAACUAAGGAACGCUACCGGCUGGAGAUCGUCCGGAAGCAGCAACAACAACAACAGGCUCAAGCCUCCAGAGGAUCCAUUCACAACCGGACCUGGUACCGGGGGAACCACUUUGAAGGGGAGGCACCGCCCUGCCAGCACAGCCAGCAGCCGGGGAAGAGCGCCACCUGGCACGCUCAGGAGCCGCCCAACCUGCAGAAGUGGGCGUCAGCGGAGUUUACUGGAGGAAGUUUACACAACCAGGGCAGCCGGCAGUGGGAUCAGAAUGGAUUCUCUCAGCAGAGCCGCCAUCCGUGGCUGAGCAGCGGAGGCAGCAGCAACGGCAUCUACGGGAGGAAUAACAUCGCCCAGUGCCCACCGCCAAAAAGCCGACCGCUGAGCUUCCUCGGGUCUGUUCCCAUGUAUCCACCUCCACCCAUUUUGUUUUCCCGCCCUCUUAACCAGUUUCAGAGUAAAGUGAAUGAUCAGCAGGCGGAGGUAGUUCAGAACGGGGAGGUGAAAACACCAGAACCGGAACACAGCAGCGGGAAAAGCUCUAAAACCUGUGGGAGCAAUCCGAAGCUGGACAAAGCGUGUCGCUGGACUCCCUAUCCCUGCACUAAGGGGUUUGAAUCUGCACCCCAUAAGGAGACAAACCCAACAGAGAAGCACCCAACAGAGAAGCACCCAACAGAGAAGCACCCAACAGAGAAGCACCCAACAGAGAAGCACCCAACAGAGAAGCACCCAACAGAGAAGCACCCCACAGAGAAGCACCCCACACCCCAGAAACAAGAGAAGCCACAAGAGGCCACGUCUCGGCCUGAAGAGAAGCAGAGCGUGGAAGAUAAAAGAAAGCAUAAAACAAUCCCCAAAACCAAACCCAGAGACCGGAGCAGCAGCAGCGGGAGCAGAAGCAGCAGCAGCACGCAGAAAGACGCCAAACAGGACGCCACUCCUGGAGCUUCAAAUCAGAAAGCUAGUAAGCCAUCGCUGCAAAAAGACCGGAAGUCGACAUCAGAUCCUGGUCCAGCGCAACUCGCCUCAAAUCAGCUGAAGGCACAAUCCAAAUCAGCCGGAUUGAGCUCCCAGGCUCCGGCUGUCGGGCCGCUUCAGUCGAGGCAGAUUCCAGAAGCUUUAAAGAAAGCCCGACAGAGCGUGUUGGAGAAGAAGAGCUCCUUGGAGAGGAACAACAGGAUGGAGAUGAAGCUGCACAUCGUGGAGGAUCAGCAGAGGGAUCCGAGUCAGAUCGGAGUGAAUAAAGAGAACAGGCAGAAUGCAGCUAAACCCAAGCUGCCGGAUUUAGUGAGAGCAGAAAAGCCUGCGUCACAAUCUCCAGACGGCAGCCAGUUCCUCCAGUCUUUACAAGUGAGCACCUCAACUCUGGAGAGCUCCGAUCCUGCAGCAUUGAACCAGGAGAACACGGAGAAGGAAACAUCCGCAGCGGCCUCAGAUGAAGCCACGCAGGCAGCAGAGUUCGGCCAGAGUUCAGAGAGCGACGCCUCCAGAAGUGGUGACGCUCAAACGGCGUCCGGUCUCUCCAAACUGGACCUGCCUCCCGUCCUGAAGCGAGACCUGACCAAACACAUCAGCACCAAAAGCAAACCGGGCGCCCGCGAGCCCAACCUGAACAUCGCCCGGCGGGUCAGGAACCUGAGCGAGUCCCGGAGGAGCGACUCGGAGAAAGACUCUGGACUCAAACCCACGGUGAGGCAACUCAUCAGCUCCUCCGGGUCCCGGCGCAACGUCAACUGGGAGCAGGUGUACCAGGAGGUCCGGAAGAAGCAGGACAAAGGGAAAGGCAUGCCGAGGUUUGGGAUCGAGAUGGUGCCGAUGGAGCAGGAGGACCAGAGCCAGGAGGAAGGAGACAUUCCCCUGAUCGAGGGUUUCCAGUGGGAGUCUUUAAUGGACGCCCCCGCCUCCAGAAAGCGCUCGUUAUCAGAGAGCAGCAUCGUCCCCGCAUCCACCCACUCCCUGUUCACAUCCUUCAUCAAAAAGGAGGAGCCGGAACAAAGAGAAGCCGAGGUCACUUCUCCAAAUCCUGCGUCCGCCAAAGGGAACAAAGGAGAGGAGGAGCAGGUGGAGGUGGAGCAGAUGCUGGGUCAGAGCGAGGAGAAAGCUCAGAAGCAGCCGGAGAAGUUGACCUCGGCCACAGUGAGGGCGCUGCAGAGGUCCGACUCUGUGCUCGGAGACAGCAGCUCGAUGGAGGAGCUCUACGACGGACAGGGAACCGGGAAGAGACGGAGAGCAGCCGGGGACGUCCCGAGUGCAGAGACGUCUUGUUUGGAACACAAUAGCAAAAGGAGGAAAGUCAAAUCCAAAAAAGAGCGUCUGCAGAUCGACCAGCUGCUGGCUGUCUCUCUGCGUGAGGAGGAGCUGUCUCACUCGCUGCAAACGGUCGACUCCAGUCUGAUCCAAGCUCGAGCUGCUCUGGAGGCGGCGUACCUGGAGGUGCAGCGGCUGAUGGUGGUCAAACAGCAGAUGAGUGGAGAGAUGAGCACUCUGAGAAACAAACGCAUCGAGUUACUCAAAGGGAUGCAAGGUAGCUUAGAGGAAGCCCCUAUGGUGAAGCUAAAAGACGAAAGGCUGGGUUCGGUAGAAGCUUAUCCACAGAUUCUCCCUUCCUCCCUCCCUUCCUCCCUCCUCCCUUCCUCCCUCAGCCCAGAUCCUCCUGCAGACCUCCCCUCUCUCCCCUCCCCCCCCUCCUCCAGCCUCACCUUCACACCGCUCAUCGUCAAACAGGAGCCAAAGUCUCCGAUCCACGUCAGCUCGGAGACAGACCACGUGGAGAAUAAAACCUCCUUCGCUCACAGCACCACUCCUGAGCUGCGUGCACCCCCCCCUCCUGCAGCCUCAUCACCAGAUCACACCCCUAACUUCCAGCUGUCCCCUGAGCGUUACUCGACGAACACAGACCAGAACUGGGAGAUCUUCAACGACCCUGCAGACUCUAAAGAGAGCUUAUCAGAGCUGGCGGAGACGAUGGAGCGAGCCACACAGGCAACGAGAAGCUGCCUCGACUCCAAAGCUUCCAUCAAGCUGCUCUCCGUCAGCAGGCGGAGCUCAGAGGUCGGCAGCGUCGCUGAUUCUGCAGCUUCUUCACACACCUUCGAACCUCCCUCAGCUGUUCAUCUGCCCACCUCUCCUCCUGAGCUGAGGAGCGGGAAGCGGGUGAGGAAGCUGAAGAAGAGGAAGGUGUUGAAGAAGGCCGGGGGCACGGAGCAGGCGGAGAGCAGCGACACGGAGCUGGACGGAGAAACGAUGAAACCUCGAUGGCUCCGACCCAGAAGGAGAACCAGCGGAGGAUCUCCUGUCAGCACCUCAACGCCUCCUUCAGAGGAGAGAGACGUGAACAUGGAGGCCGUUAAAGGGAAGAAGGAAGACUCCGAGACACACAAGUACAAGGUGGCGAUUCCCCCUGCUGAGGAGGAGGAGAUGGAGGUGACUGAAGCCUGUCUGCAGCCCCACAUCGCCUGCAACGAGGUCACCUCAACCAGCGACAUGGACGUGUGCAGAUCCUCCGAGAGUGACAUGCCGUUUCCCAUCUUAACGCCCAAGAUGUCGUUGAUCUUCUCAGAUGCGUCCUCGGACCACGGUGAGGAUGAUUCGCCCACUGAAGGUGCAUUCGAGGGCCAUCAGGAAGCUGUGAACGCGGUGCAGAUCUUCGAAGGGCUGCUGUACACCUGCUCCGGAGACCGCACCGUCAGAGCCUUCAACCUCAGGAGUCGUAAGUGUGUGGGAGUGUUUGAGGGUCACAGCUCCAAGGUGAGCUGCCUGCUGGUCUCUGCAGCUCCGACCCUCUACCGUCGCCUCUACUCCGGGUCCAGUGACCAGACCAUCUGCUGCUACAACCUGAAGACGCGGGAGUUGGAGCAGCAGUUCCCUCUCUCAGACCGAGUCCUCUGCCUCCACAGUCGAUGGAAAACGCUGUACGCCGGUCUGGCAAACGGCACCGUGGUGACCUUUAAGCUCAAGACCAAUAAGCAGAUGGAUGUGUUUGAGUGCCACGGUCCUCGGGGGGUGAGCUGCAUGGCCUCCUCUCAGGAAGGAGCGAGGAGGAUCCUAUUGGUCGGAUCCUACGACAACACCAUCAGCGUGAGGGACGCUAAGAGCGGCCUCCUGCUGAGAACUCUGGAGGGCCACACCAAGACCGUGCUCUGCAUGAAGGUGGUGAAUGAUCUGGUGUUCAGUGGAUCCAGUGAUCAGUGUGUCUACGCUCACAACAUCCAUACUGGAGAGCUGGUGCGGGUGUAUAAGGGUCACAGUCACGCUGUUACCGUGGUGUCCGUCCUCGGGAAGGUGAUGGUGACCGCCUGUCUGGACAAACUGGUCCGAGUCUACGAUCUGCAGUCUCACGAGCAGCUGCAGGUUUACGGAGGACACAAGGACAUGGUGAUGUGUAUGUCUAUCCACAAGAACAUGAUCUACACAGGUUGUUACGAUGGCAGCGUGCAGGCGGUGAAGCUGAACCUGAUGCAGAACUACCGCUGCGGGUGGCACGGCUGCUCCCUGGUGUUCGGGCUGAUGGAGCACCUUCAGCAGCACCUGAUCAGCGACCACAGCUCCUCUUCCUCUCAGAGCCUGAAGUGCCGCUGGAAGAAAUGUGACGAGUUUUUCUGCGCCCGCACCAGCUCCAAGCAGGUGUUGCAGCUCCACAUGCAGAAACACGCCGAGGAGGAGACUGAAGUGGAGCCUUAAGUCCUGCCCUUUGUCCCGCCUCCCCCGCCUGUUAACCUCCCAUAUUGGGGGGGCACUCUCCUCUAACGACGACUCCAUCCUUUAUGUUCGGUGUUGGAAUCCAACCAUAAAACUAUCUGAGCGAGGGGCUGUUCCUGCCAGCAGUUCCUGUUCCACUGACCAAAUAUAAGACCCUUUUUUAAUUGAAGAAACUCCAGUGUGUUGCCGGUGUGUUUAAGGGGGGGGGGGUGUGUCGCGCUUUUAUGUUGAAACAGUUUGUCGACUUCUUCGUGGCAUGGGCUCAGAGAUGUUUUUAUUGUUGUAGUGAUUUGUCAUGUCGAGCAACGUUUAUUUUCUUUUUUCUCAAGUUGCCAUUUUUCACUUUUUAUGACAAGUGAUUAAAAGUUUUCACGUUUUUAGAAUUGUCUGUGUCCUUGACGGAGUGUCCUUGAAGUGACAAGAAUACCUUUUUUUUUCAGGGAAUAAUUUUGAACGUUUUGCUUGGGGUUUACGGAAGAGGUUGAGGGCGACAUGAAUAUAUUUUUUUGGGGGAUCUGAGAUUAAAGUUGGAAAGUCAGAAUUCCGAGAUUGCAGAAUGUUUUCUCAGAUUUCCGACUUUAGUCUAAAAAUGUUGACUUUUUUUCUCAGAAUGAUGGCUGUUUAAUUCAGACGUUAAUUUAAAAAUUCUGAUUUUAAUUUAAAAAUAUUCCGAUUUUAAUCUCAGAAUUCCGACUUUAUUCUAAGAAUUCUCAAACCAAAAACUAAAUUCUCCCGUGGCCCUGACCCUCGACCGUACGGAUUACUUUCCCUUUUUUUAGUUUUUAGUUUUGCUCGGUGAUAAAAGGCGUUGAGGGAUUUUGGUGCAGUGUUGUGUGAUUUGGCCUGAAGUUGCCAUUUGAAAAAUUUGCCGUGAAAACAGAGCCAAGACUGUGUGUGCGCGUGUGUGUGUGUGUGUGUGUGUGUUCCUACAUGUUUAAGUGCGGACAGAGUGUUUUUCCUUUGUCUGCAGAACCUGAGUGAGUGUUCUGAGUAUCGUUCUGUUUUUACGACCCAAUCUUUAUCUUUGAAGGAAUUUAUUUAAUAUAUUCGUAGCAUGGAGCAGGCGUGUUAUUUUCCACAGUGAAGAGAGUUUUCUAAUGAAGUGUGGAGGUGAAGGAAGUUUCGAGGAGGUGUUUGACGGAAAGAAUUAGGAUUCAUCUCCCAUGCCAUACUCACCCUAAAACUAAUUUUAACCCGUUUAAAAAAAGCCCAGCUGAUGCUCUUUUUGGUGUUCUCACAGCCGCCAUUUUCCAAACUCGCCUCGUUUUUUUUUGUUUAAUAUCCGAUAGAAAGCGUGCACUUCCCCUCUGACCCGGCAAUCCUGAGUUUCUUCAAGUUUUUCAGUUGUUAUUAAAGUUUUGAAGAGAUACUUUUUUAAGCAAGUGCAAUGUUAAUAAUAAUAAUUAUAAUAAUAAAAAAUUGUGCAACAUCAUAA